AUCGAUGAACUAAUAUAAAAAACCAAGCACUCUUCACAUUUUACAUAACCCAUCCUUAAACCCAUAUCAUUUCUCCCCGCCAAACCCCUCCUUAAACCUAACUUUUUUUCUCUCUCUAAAAAAAUAUGUGUCAACAGCCUCCAUCUCCAAGAUGCCCACAAGAUUCAUCCAAACGGUCUCUAUUAAUCAAAACAGAGGAAAAAACCCAUCUUUCGUUGGUUCUUAAUGAAGCAAAAUCAAUCGCUUCCAUUUCCUUCCCCAUGAUUCUCACUGGUCUCCUCCUAUACUCUCGCUCAAUGAUUUCCAUGCUCUUCCUCGGCCGUCUCGGCGAUCUUUCUCUCGCCGGCGGCUCACUUGCCGUCGGAUUCGCUAACAUCUCCGGCUACUCUGUUCUAUCUGGACUAGCUAUCGGAAUGGAACCCAUUUGUGGACAGGCCUUCGGAGCAAAAAGACAUAAACUUUUAGGCCUCACCCUUCAAAGAACAAUCUUACUCCUUCUAUUGAUUUCAAUUCCAAUUUCAUUUCUUUGGUUAAACAUGAAGAACAUACUUGUUGUCUGCGGUCAGAAAGAAGAUAUUGCUUCUAAAGCUCAAUCCUAUAUAGUAUUUUCAAUCCCCGAUCUUUUACUUCAAUCGUUUCUCCAUCCUAUCAGGAUUUACCUCCGGUCACAAUCCAUUACUCUGCCUCUCACAUUUUGCGCGGUUUUCGCAAUCAUACUACAUAUACCCAUUAAUUAUCUCCUAGUUUCAAUCCUUAAACUAGGAAUUGAAGGCGUGGCAAUAGCCGGAGUUUGGACGAAUUUCAACCUCGUUGUUUCAUUAAUCUUAUACAUUGUGAUUUCCGGCGUGUACAAGAAAACCUGGCCUGGGAUUUCCAUGGAUUGCUUAAGGGGUUGGAGUAAUCUAGUCAAUUUAGCUAUUCCAAGCUGCAUUUCCGUCUGCCUCGAAUGGUGGUGGUACGAGCUUAUGAUCUUGCUUUGUGGGUUGUUAAUAAAUCCUCAGGCAACGGUCGCCUCCAUGGGAAUUUUGAUUCAAACAACUGCUUUGAUCUACAUUUUCCCAUCUUCUUUAAGCUUCAGUGUUUCCACUAGAGUUGGAAACGAAUUGGGUGCUAACCAGCCUGAGAAGGCAAAAUUAGCUGCGGUUGUGGGUUUAUCGUAUAGCUUUGUUCUGGGUUUAGCUGCCCUGUUUUUUAAUCUAAAUGUAAGAAACAUAUGGGCAAGAAUGUUCACCGGAGAUAUCGAAAUUAUAACUUUGACGGCGGCGGUUUUACCUAUAAUUGGUCUUUGUGAAUUGGGUAACUGUCCACAGACGGUGGGGUGUGGGGCAUUAAGGGGCACGGCCAGACCGAAAUUGGGGGCUCAUAUUAACUUGGGUUGUUUUUAUUUUGUGGGUAUGCCGGUAGCCAUUUGUUUGAGUUUUUACUUGGGGUUCGAUUUCAAGGGACUCUGGCUCGGUCUUUUGGCUGCACAGGCUUCGUGUGUUAUGACAAUGAUGGUCGUGUUGAGCCGGACGGAUUGGAGUCAACAAGCUGAAAGGGCGCAGAAGCUUAUAAAUGAUGGCGGCGAUAUUGAAGAAGAUGAAGAAAUAUUUGAAGAUGAGGAAAAAUCAAAGAUUGAUUCUAAUUUGGAUAGAAAUAGUUUGGAAAAGAGUCAAGAUUUACUUGUUUAGUUUUUUAUUUAUAAUUUAUAUUAAUUUGAUUAUUCUUUUGCUA